AUGCAAACAAAAUUUCUCGUCCACAACCCAAGGAAAGAAAAAUUUCUAGAUACGAUAGAAAAUCGUCGAUCGAAAAACAUUCGGAGACAAAAAAUUAAAGAUAAAAUCAUAAAAAGCAUAUACAACAACCACCCGGCAGGAAUAUUACACUUGGCUGUUAUUGCUAAAAUUCUAAAGCAAAAAAUCCAAGUGUACAAGGACGACUAUUUGAUUGGAACUUUUAACGAAAGAUCGCCAACGGAGAUACGAAUACAGUACACAAAGAGCAAAGGUACCGGCCACUGGGUACUCAAAGGAGGUAAAAACCCGUCGACCAUUUGUUCAGGAGGCAACAAUUGUCUGUACGAGGUGAUCGGCUCGCAAACUGGUUGGAAUCCCGUUGAGCUGCGUUACUUCACGGCAAAGGCACUUCGUCGAGAUCGGUAUGCGAUCGGGAAGUAUAUGGACGCCGAUACCAGUGACAACUUGAUGCUAGGUGGUGCCAGGUAUGCCGGUAGAUCACCGAGGGAUGCGGGGUACAUAUUGGAUGCAUCCCAAAAUGGACAAUGCCACCCCGAAGGAAGGUCCGGGCAUCCGAGAGGCCACACCUCGAAUGGAGGAGGAGGUGGUGGAGGCUCCGAUUCGGUCGAAGCCUACUCGUACGGAAGAUGGCGAUCGGGUUUCUUAUCCCGAGGCGACCAAGACCUCGUAGCCCACUAUGCGCUGAUAACAGACAGUGCGCAGCGGUUAAUGAAUUCCCUUAAUCGAGGCGAGAACAAAGUGGCGGAGAACAUUGGCCGGAGCCAACUGGACUACGAUCCGCUACCAAUGGCGCAGAUAUGGGAUCGUGGGCAGAAACAGGGAUCCCCCGGCCAGUUCAAUUACGUUACGUUGGUCGGAAAACAUUUUUUGAACAGGCAAAACGAUGCAAAUGCUGAUGUUUUUGUCUUGACGUUUUAUCCGGUUCUCUAA